AGGAUGGGAGGAAAAUGAGCUAAGCCUAAUGGCCAACAGGCCAAGUAUAAAAGAAAGAAAUAUUAUAAAGAAAACUGUUAGAAAGGAUCGGAAUUAGGUGAAAGGGGAGAGGCGGUUGAAGUUGUAGCGUAGGAAAAGAAAGGGAAGGCGAAGAGAAGAGAGAAUGGAGGGUCCUGGUCCUCCUGCGAACGAUAUGUGCUCGGUGUGCCAUGGGAACUUCAACACUCCGUGUCAAUCCAACUGCUGUCACUGGUUCUGCGCCAACUGCAUCAUGCUCGUCUGGCACCACGGAUCCGCCGUGCAGCCCUGCAAGUGCCCCCUCUGCCGCCGUCCUAUCACUCUCCUCGUCCCCACCGACGACUCCCUCAGCCACCGCCAUGACCCCGAGGUUGCUAACGCUCUUGACAAGAUCCAGAGAUACAAUCGCUUGUUCGGUGAGCGUGAGGGCGGGCUUCUUCAGCGAUUGCAAGAUCUUCCAUUCCUACUGCGUCGGCUUCUCCGGGACUUCUCCGAUCCUCGCAGAUCCCUUCCACUUGUCAUUCGAGCUCGCGUCUACAUUGCUAUGAUACUAAGUGUUGUGUACAUCAUCAGCCCUAUAGACAUCAUUCCAGAAGGGAUAUUAGGAAUAGUUGGACUCUUGGAUGAUCUGCUCAUUGUGCUCAUCUGUUUCCUGCACGUCGCUGCCCUUUAUAGAUCAGUACUCUAUCUCCGCCACGGUGGUUCCUGAUCGCUGCCUGCCUCCAUCAUCUUUUUGUACAUAUUUCAAAUAGUGAUACUGCAAGCUUAUUUCGUGUACCAAAACAAAACAAACACAUAUUUCAGUCAUUGUUGCGUUUGUUAAA